UCUAGGGCAAGCAGGCUGAGAGUCAAUCCAGUGCGCAGCUUCUCUGCAGGCUGGGAAAAGAGUGACAGAAAGAAGGCAAGAAAACGCUUCCCAAAGCAGGAGGAAACGGAGAAGGAACAAAUCUGGCAAGCAGAGACAUACAGAGGAAGAUUUGAUCACGGAUAUCAUUGCUAUAUAUAGAAAUUGUUUAUAUAUAUAUAUAUAUAUAUAUAUAUAUAUAUAUAUUUAGGACUAUAUAUAUAUAUUAAUAUAUUUGUACACACGCAUAUCAAUAUUUAUAGAAAUAUAUAUGUAUACAUAUAUACCUGUAUAUAACUGUAUUUGUGCUGGUCUGUUUAUAUCAAUAUUUUUAUAUGUAUUUGUGUGUGUGUAAAUAUAUACAUAUAUAAACAAACGAAUAUAUAUCUAUGAAUUUAUUUACGUAUCACUGUGAACCAACAGAAGCAAGAAGAGAACUCGACCAUCGGGGCUGGUCUCUGAUUCCGAGAUCAUACACACUAUUUUCUGCAUUAUUUUUCCAAGCGUUUUGCAUCGACCUGAGGAAGACUACCAAGCUUUUUCUAUUUUUCAUCGCCCUGUUGCAACUUCCUCAUCUCAUCUUUUUCUCAAUCCGGAGGAACAAAGAGGAGGAUAACAGGGUUUGUGAAGAUUCCUGCCGUUCGUGCUGCCGUUCGUUAGAAGAGCUGCACUGCGCGCUGCGUUUGAUCUGAGCAGGCAGCAGCAGCAGCAGUGAGAUAGAAAGAGACAGAGAGUGCCGCACCGUGUGAACUAGCCAGCAUGCACAAACAUCACCACUGCUGCAAGUGCCCAGAAUGCUAUGAAGUGACCCGCAUGGCCGCCCUGCGCAGGAUGGACGCCCCGGCAUAUGGGGACUGGCAGCCCGAACCCUACGGAUACCCGGCUGGCUAUGGAGGUGGCCAGACCUUACCACCCCAAACCUCGGGCGGAGGAGGGGGAAUGGGUGGAGGGGGUACAUUGGGAAGAAGUAAAGGGAAAAUGAUGUCAGCUGGGGGUCCUGGAGGUCCCAACCCUAAGAGCCAUUCCAAGUGUGGCCCCAAGGUGAAUGGUAAUAACUCAGGAGGGCAAGGAGGAUGGUGGCCCGAGUGCACCUGUUCCAACCGGGACUGGUACGACCAGGCAAACCCUCCCCCCAUCAUUGUGAACGCAGACUCACUGGAUGCAGGCCCUUAUGUGAAUGGGAGUGAUGGCAUGUAUAAAUACGAAGAAAUCAUUUUGGAGAGGGGCAACUCUGGGCUUGGGUUCAGUAUCGCAGGAGGUGUGGAUAAUCCACACAUUCCUGAUGAUCCAGGAAUCUUCAUCACCAAGAUUAUCCCAGGAGGUGCCGCUGCCAUGGAUGGGAGACUAGGGGUAAAUGACUGUGUUCUGCGGGUGAAUGAUGUGGACGUGUCCGAGGUUGUGCACAGCAAGGCUGUAGAGGCUUUGAAGGAGGCCGGUCCAGUGGUCAGGUUGCUGGUACGCAGAAGACAGGCUCCACCUGAGACCAUUUUGGAGGUCAACCUACUGAAAGGGCCUAAAGGUCUUGGCUUCAGUAUUGCUGGAGGUAUAGGCAACCAGCACAUCCCGGGCGACAACAGUAUCUACAUCACAAAGAUCAUCGAAGGUGGGGCGGCACAGAAAGAUGGACGUCUGCAGACAGGCGAUCGCCUACUGGCUGUGAAUAACAUCAUACUUCAGGAUGUGCGUCAUGAGGAGGCUGUGGCCGCUCUGAAGAACACUUCAGACAUGGUCUAUCUGAAAGUGGCCAAGCCGGGACCAGUACAUCUCAAUGACAUGUACGCCCCACCAGACUACUCCAGCAGUCUCGGCCUCCCUCCAGCCUUCCCCACCAUGGUGGACAACCACGUCGGGCACAACUCCAACAUGGCCUACAUGGGAGGCAUGGAGCCUAAACCAGUCUACCCACCGCCCCAGGCCACCCCCUCGAGGUACUCCCCAGUCCCACGCCACAUGCUGGGGGAGGAGGACUUCACCAGGGAGCCGCGGAAGAUCCUGCUGCACAAGGGUUCCACAGGUUUGGGAUUCAACAUUGUGGGCGGCGAGGAUGGAGAGGGCAUCUUCGUGUCUUUCAUCUUGGCAGGUGGUCCAGCCGACCUGAGCGGAGAGCUGAGGAGAGGAGACCGCAUCCUGUCGGUGAAUGGUGUAAACCUGCGCAAUGCUACCCAUGAGCAGGCUGCUGCUGCAUUGAAGAGGGCUGGACAGACGGUGACCAUCAUUGCCCAGUACAGACCAGAAGAAUACAGUCGUUUUGAGUCCAAGAUCCACGACUUGAGGGAACAGAUGAUGAACAGCAGCAUGAGCUCCGGCUCCGGCUCCCUCCGCACCAGUGAGAAACGCUCCCUCUAUGUCAGGGCUCUUUUUGACUACGACAGGACCAGAGACAGUUGCCUUCCUAGCCAGGGCCUGAGUUUCUCCUAUGGGGACAUUCUUCAUGUCAUCAAUGCCUCUGAUGAUGAGUGGUGGCAGGCACGGCUGGUUACCCCCCAUGGGGAGAGUGAACAAAUCGGGGUCAUACCAAGCAAGAAAAGGGUGGAAAAGAAAGAGCGUGCACGGUUAAAAACAGUCAAAUUCCAUGCAAGGACGGGCAUAAAUGAGUCCAACAGGGAGAUGUUUGGCAGAAUGAACAACAUAAAGCCAGUCAAAGCGAAGCGCAAAAAAAGCUUCAACCUAUCACGCAAGUUCCUGUUUUACAAGAGCAAGGAGAAUAUAGUACAGGAUUUGGUGGAGACUGAACAAUGCUUGACUUCCAACACCAGUGACAGCGAAAGCAGCUCCAAGGGUCAGGAAGACACAAUACUAUCAUAUGAGCCAGUAAUUCGACAAGAAAUCCAUUACACAAGGCCUGUGAUUAUCCUGGGUCCAAUGAAGGACAGAGUAAACGAUGACUUGAUCUCAGAGUUCCCUCACAAGUUUGGAUCCUGCGUUCCACAUACAACUCGUCCUCGGCGAGAGAAUGAGAUGGAUGGGCAGGACUACCAUUUUGUGGGUUCAAGGGAGCAAAUGGAGAAGGACAUUCAGGACAACAAAUUUAUUGAGGCCGGCCAGUUCAAUGAGAAUCUGUAUGGGACCAGCAUCCUGUCUGUCCGGGCAGUGGCUGAAAGGGGGAAACACUGUAUCCUGGAUGUGUCUGGGAACGCCAUAAAGCGACUUCAGCAAGCACAGCUCUAUCCAAUCGCCAUUUUCAUCAAACCAAAAUCUGUGGAGGCCCUAAUGGAAUUGAAUAAGAGGCAGACAUAUGAGCAAGCUAAUAAAGUCUUUGAUAAGGCAGUGAAGCUUGAACAAGAGUUUGGAGAGUUUUUCACAGCCAUAGUCCAGGGUGACUCACUAGAUGAGAUCUAUAAUAAAAUCAAGCUGAUCAUUGAAGAGCAGUCAGGCCCUUACAUCUGGAUCCCAUCCACAGAGAAGCUCUGAACUCGCCGCCUCCACGAAGCCCCCCACCUGACCCCCACUCCCACCUGACACCUUUCCUUCCCUUUCACUGUUAUGUUUCAGAUCAAGUUUUAGUGUCAUUAUGUUACCCUCAAUCUAAUGAAGUCUUAUCACCAUUACUGUGACUGUGCGCACCCCUGCAUGAGUUUCUCAGCAAUUCCAUUCAAGAUUGGAAAUGCCAUUCCUCAAGAAAUGUUUUGUCAUGUAAAACAAAAAAGGGAAACCUGAACAAAUUCCUUUUUGCAUUUCGGAUGGACUUGAAGAUGAGAACGUCUUAACGAAGCGAGAGCGGGGAGCCGGGGAGUUGGAGAUGGUGGCACGAGCGGGAACCUUGUAUGAGUUCAUUCGAUUUCAUGGAAAAAGACAUUUGAGGAUGCUGUGCAAGGUUUUCUUGGAGGACUAGAUACAGUUCAAGCCUGCUGAUGGUACCAUCACUGCUCUCACUGUUCUAACGGAUGAACUUCAAAACUGAUGGUGAUCUUCAGUACUCAUAAACCAGCUCACUUUAUUUGAUCGGCUGCCUGGCCGUUUGUAUGGCGACACGUUCAGAGGUUUGAGUCUCUACAUUUAUAUUACUGAAAUCACAUGGAAAAUAAAAAUCCUACGGAGAGAUUUUACUACAUAAUACGAAAUUAUACGGUACAUAUUUUACACUUCACUAGAAUUGUCAACUCGGAGGGCUGUUCGAUUUCAUUUCUAGUCUUUGGGUUUUUGUUCUUUCUUUCUUGUAGUUUUAGCUGCUCUGUAUUAAAGAUGGGGGUAAAGAGGUGUAACUGGGCUCUCUGCAGACCACCAAACUGCCUUACGAUGAAUAAACGCUUAGUCAUGGUGGGAGGGGGAACGACACAAUAUUCAACCUAUCAGUGCUUAGAGGGAAACUCUUUUUGUGCUUUAUUAUGAGUUUCCUGUCAUCCUAUCGGAGGCCUAACUUGUGCAAUAGACUUCAGUGUCUUACCUCUGUGAAAUCCUUUUUUUGCAAACCUUUUUUUUUUUUUGUGUUGUCUUGAGCAAAAUCCAAUUUCGGCCGCCAUUGGAGUUGUUGAAAAGCAGACAGCCCACUUGCACUUCCUCUGCCUUCCAGGACUAUAUUCUCUUCAGACUGAACGGUAACACGGUACUGUCCUGUUAGCUGCCCAGGAGCGCAGCCUUAAAACGGGUAGAAUCAAGACAAUAAUUGUAUUGGAUGUCCUUCUUGAUAUUAAAGCGUUAGUGGAGCCUGAAAUUGACCGUUUUCCCCAGAACUCGACGAUGGUUUGAUUAAAUCUGUUCUUUGUAAUGACAGCUUUUAAAAGAUUUUUUUCCUUCU